AUGGAUUUAAACAAAAUUAAUUUGAGUUUGGAAGCCCAGGGCGACAAUAGGCUAAUAAAAGCCCAUUCAAGCGACUCCCUGGAAAUGCCAUGGGAUAAAAUACGAUCCAGACCUCCACUUAUUGUAGCCCAAAGCCAAACUGGGCGACAGAUAAGCCCUGAUUCGUUUUUUAUGUGUUUUUUAGCUUUUUUACAAUUGCAAGCUGGACUUGGUCUAUUGGGCGUUAAUAUUUGGACCAUGAUAAGAAAAUACCCAUAUACAAUAAUGAUCAGUUUUGUGAUAGACAACACCUAUUUUAGUAUACCCGGUGCAUGUUUAUGUUUUUUUGGUUUCUGGAUAGCUGUUUCUACGAUGAAUCAGAGAAGUUCACAAUUUUUAUCCCUUCUGAUAGUCUUCAUAUGUCUUUCAACAAUACUUUUGGUCACUUCUUCGUACGUUGGAUUUUUAUUUAAAUCAAAAUUAGAACCAAAAAACGAAACACUACUAUCGGAAAUCAAGAAAACCGAAUUUAUAUCAUCGAUGGGUCAAUCCUUGGUGCAAUACGAUAAAAUAAAAAUACACAAAUUUGCAUGGGACGUAACGCAAAAAAGAUUGGAGUGUUGUGGUAUUUUUAACGCUUCUGAUUGGAUAAUUUUACGGGAAAAAAUACCCGAUUCGUGUUGCCAAAUGGGUAAUUGUACUGAAUCGAACUCUUAUAAAAACAAUUGUGUGCCAUUUGUAGCCCAUGAAAUCUAUUGGUACAAAUUAUUUAUAUCUUCAUUGAAUGUCAUGGUGGUAGCAAUCCACAUUUUAUCACUGAUAAUUAUAGGACUAGUCUACUAUUGGAGAAGAUCAUAA